GACAAAAAGGUAAACAAAGUGAAAAUUUCGCAAAAUGUGCAAAAUAAUUAAGUAAGGGUCAGUAAAAGGUGCUACUGGUUAAUCGGACCAUAACAACUACCCAUUUAACACAUACCAUGCAUGACUUGGAUAUCUCGUGAAGUACACAAACCAAAACAAUGAGCGACUCCGACGAAGCAAGGGCACAGGGUGACAUUGGUGCAAUGGAAGUGGGCGCGCAAAAACUUUUUUCAAACAGCCACCCCCCACAGAAGCAACUGGUGCAACCACUGGACCAUCCGACACCCACGAAGAGACAAAUCAAAACAAAUGCCACGCACUCACCCAAUGCCACAUUCUUGAACAAGUGCAACAGUUGCCGCGCUUCUUGGGCUCCGACUUGCGCAGUGCGACAUAAAACGGCCUGGAUCAAUGACCACAAAAACGUGGCCAUCGAUUUUCCGCAGUUCAAUGCCCGCGAGGAAGUGCGUCAGAUCAAGCACGGGGAGCUGCGAACGGCAGUGAUCUCUGGCGAUGAGCGGACUGUGCGGGUGCUGCUGGCAGCUCUUGGAACUGAGCGUCAGAUUAUAGUCAAUAUGGCUCCUUCAGGAGCAAACACCCUUCUAUUCCUAGCCUGCCAGUCUGGUUACGAGAGCAUUACACAGCGAUUGCUGGAUGCUGGAGCGGAUGGUCGCUCCCAUGCCGUGACCAAGUACUCACCCUUGUACGCCGCCGUCCAUAGCGGUCACUUGGGCAUUGCCCGACUGAUGCUAGACCAUUUUCCAGAACUGAUCCAGCAGCCGACUGUAGAGCGCUGGCUGCCGCUGCACGCCGCCUGCAUCAAUGGACACAUCAAGCUGCUGGAACUCCUUAUCAGCUACAGUUAUCCCGACUACCUCUACCAGACAUAUCGCGACGAGGAGGGCCAGUGGGAAUGGCGGCUCCCCUUCGACGCUAACGCUCAUGAUGUGACGGGUCAGACGAGUCUGUAUAUUGCCAGCAUCCUAGGAAACAAGCAGCUGGUUGGUGUGCUUCUAAAGUGGCAGCUCCAUUGCCGGCGUACGUUGGGCGAUUCCGCCAGCUCGGUGAGCACUCCUAUUACGCCCACCAGGAAACGUAUUUCAUUUGGCAUUCAGGCUAUCAUGUCCAAACUGCACAUAUCUGGAGAGUCAGAAGGACCCGACGACCUAGCUUCACAAGAGUCAACCGAGUGCCAACGGUGUCCCAUUAACGUGAAUCUGCUAUGUGGAGCGGCGAGAGAAACAGCUCUGCUUGCGGCCGUUCGAGGCGGCCACCUAGACGUGGUGCAGUCUCUGCUACAGCACGGCGCAAAUCCGAAUAUUGUAGCCAAGCCAGUUGAGGAUCACAACGACCCGAAAUGUUGCGAGGAAAUAUAUGGGCUCAGUAAUGUCCCCAUUGCAGAGGCCUGCAAGCAAAGGUCGCUGGCUAUGUUGGAUCUCUUGCUUAAGCAUGGAGCCCGCGACGAUAAUGGCACGGCCAUUGGAAUGGCUAUUACAUGCGGCGACGAGGCCAUCCUGAGUCGUCUUUUGGCCCGACGAGUCCAUCCGGACUCAGACUACAAGAUCAACAAGAAGGGUCUUCCCACACCAGUGGAGGUGAACGUGUUUUUGCCGUCCACCAGCAACAUAUCUUACAGUGCUAUGUUCCCCAACAAUCCAACCAUUAUUGACUGGCACAGCAUGGGCUCCAGUGUCCAGUUGUCUGUUGUAAGGGUUCCCUGGAUGGUCAGCGGUGUGUUGCUGCUGAAUCCUAAGCUACAGUCGCAUCCGCGACUUAAUGAGGUUGCUCUGACAGCUAUCACGCGAAUAGAUUUCUCGCACAACGUUCUCACGUCAAUUCCACAGGAGCUUUUCCAUUUGGUUAGCCUAAGGUAUUUAAAUGUGGCGCAAAACAAGAUAACCGAUCUACCUGCACCAAUAGGCCAGACAUAUGGGUGUCCGGUACUGGAUGAACUCUUUCUACAAGACAACCAGUUAACUACGCUGCCAGCCGCCAUCUUUCACCUGCCCGCCCUAUCUAUAUUGGAUGUUUCAAAUAACAAACUGCAACAGCUUCCCUUCGACCUGUGGCGUGCACCCAAGUUGCGCGAACUUAAUGUGGCCUUCAACCUAUUGCGGGAUCUUCCUGUGCCGCCAAUGCAAACUAGCAGUUCGCUGCUGAGCCUAGACAAAUUGAAUCUGCAAUCUUUUGAGGAGCCGCCAUCAAACAAACCGCGAAAUGUGACUCAGCAACGUCUCACCCAUCGCAAUCUAUGGUCGGCUACUUUGGACAUAACCGAUAAUGACAUGAAGUGGCAGCAUGAACAAGAUUUAGGCGAUGGAAAGACAGCUGGUGUGGGCUCCUCCCAGCUAAGUAGCUUAAAUAUAGCAAAUAACCUCUUCACCAGUAUCCCCGCUGCUUUGCCCUGUCUGGCUGUAAACCUAACACGGCUGAAUAUGUCAUACAACAGUCUGCGUUCUAUGGGACAUGUAACCAGUUACCCGGCAACACUUAAGCAGUUGGAUCUAAGUCACAACGAGAUAUCCUGCUGGCCAAGUUUACCGCGAAUUACUGAAUCGGAUCCGCAUCUACUGUGCUACAGUUGUGUCCAGCUACCAGAGGGUCGAGAUGACGACUACAAGACGGCCUCCUCAAAGGGCAGUAGCUCGUCUGCCACAUCGUUUCGCGCUUCGGUGUUAAAAAGUGUUUGUCGGCACAGGCGUCAUCUGCGCCUGGAGGCUCUACGCACAUUGAUCUUGGCUGACAAUCUGCUUACGCGCAUCCAACUAUCAACUGAUGACGCCACAACCCUUUUCAAUGAAAGUGAGGACGCCGAUUGGAGUGUGGUAGGCGUGAACCGGUCUAAGGUGAUAUUUCCCAACCUGUCUAUGCUGGAUAUGACCAACAAUUGCCUGAAGGAGAUUCCCGCCUCGUUGCACGAACUGAGCAGUCUGUCAGUGCUGAAUAUUAGUGGCAACGUCAACAUCACGGAACUGCCGCCGCACUUGGGACUGCUGUCGAGACUUUGGAAUCUUAAUACGCGCGGUUGCCUACUGCAGGAGCCACUGCGCUCUAUGAUCGAGAGCAAGAAGCACAAGACGAUGGACAUUGUUGGAUAUCUUAAAUCUAUUUACGAAGAUGCUCAGCCCUACGCACGGAUGAAACUGAUGGUGGUUGGUGUGGCUGGAAUUGGCAAGAGCACUCUGCUGGACUUACUGCGCCAGGGGGCGGGCUCAGGGUCCAGCUCCAGCUCUCAUCGAUCGCGCGCCAGCGAAAAUCAUUGGGCCAAGCGAAUGGGACACGCACGCAGCACAUCUCGAUCUCAUCGCCAUUCGUCGGCUUCUAGCGCAAACAUUUCUACAGUAGGAGUGGACAUUGGAACAUGGAUAUGUGAGAAACGAAAGCGAGCACCCGGCUCCCACGGCCCAGUGGUGUUUCGUACUUGGGAUUUUGGUGGUCAGAAGGAGUACUACGCCACACAUCAGUACUUUUUGUCCAAACGGAGUCUGUAUUUGGUGCUCUGGCGCAUUAGCGACGGUCACAAGGGUCUGGCGGAGUUGCUGCAGUGGCUUGGCAACAUUCAAGCGAGGGCUCCCAACUCCCCCGUAAUCAUUGUGGGCACACACUUUGAUGCCGUUGGUGAAUCCAUCUCGCCCCAAAAGGCAGAGCAACUGCAGCAAUUGAUUCGGGAGAAGUUUAUCGCCAUUCCCGAUGCGGAAAAAAUUGGGCUGCCACGGGUGAUUGAUUCCAUCGAAAUAAGUUGCCGGACCCUACACAAUAUCCACUUAUUGGCCAACAUUAUUUACGACACCGCCAUGCAACUGCGAUCCCCUGGUUCCAAGGAGCCCAUGCUACUGCAAAAGAUCCCCGCCAGCUACAUUGCCUUGGAGGAUAUUGUGAAUGUGAUUGCAUGCAAUCUGCGCGCUGCUGGGCGAGAUCCCGUCCUGGAUGGUGAACAAUAUAAGCGCUUGGUCACCGAACAGAUGAGAUUGCACAACUACAAGAGCUUCCGGGAUGCCGCUGAGCUGCAGCAGGCCACUACAUGGUGCCACGAAAAUGGAGUUUUAUUGCACUAUGAUGAUGCUACGCUAAGGGACUACUACUUUCUCGAUCCACAGUGGCUUUGCGACAUGCUGGCCCAUGUGGUCACCGUGCGGGAGAUCAACCCCUUUGCUCCUACGGGCGUGAUGAAGCUGGAUGAUCUCCAGAUGUUGUUCCGAAGUGUGCAGGUUCAAGGAAAUGGAAACAGAAGCUACAUUGUCAGUCUACUUAACAAGUUUGAGGUUGCUUUAACGUGGGAUUCGAGAACUCUACUCAUACCCUCCUUACUGCCUUCGCAGGAGGCAGCUACACCCAAUUCAGGAAGCACGGUUAAGCUAUCGCAACGAUCUCGCGGCCGUAGUUUGGGUUGCUCUGUAUCGCAAGAAGUAAAUCUAAAUAAUUUGAUAUACGAACAGAGGUCAGCUCCUUCUUCAUCAUCUUCCUCUGCAUCGGUUAGCCAAGGCUUGCGGCGCAUCCUAUUGAUGACUUAUUUCCCGUCCGGGUUUUGGUCAAGAUUAAUCACCCGGAUUUUAGCUGAUGAACAAAUAAUCGAAGCAAUUCGUGGCGUUUAUAUGGCUUCACAAGAUUACGCGGACUUUGAUCUACGCACAUCGUUGGAGCAGGACACCCAAUGGAAUCUUUGGCAGACAGGCUUAGCACUGUACUAUGGACCUAUCUUAAUAUUCAAGAUCUGGGAAGUACCCUUUCAGAAGACAGAGCGAACGCAACCUUUCCGCACUGAUGGCAACCGAUUUAAGCUGAAACAAGAUGGUAUCUGGAGCGAUGUAAAUCUCAGCUCCUCUAGCAUUUUGGAAGUUUACUUUCCACUCUAUGAAGUGAACAUAUCGCAAGAAGUGGAUGACAAUGAACGUCAAUUGCUGGCCGAGAUUCGUCCGCACAUGUCUCAGGUGGCCAAGCUUUUGGCCCUAACAGUGGAUCAUAUUGACUUGCUUUUGGAGGAUUGGUAUCCUUCAUUGGGAACGCGGUUUGUGCACACUUCCGAGGGUCGAUUCCUAAUCACUCGAUUGGUGUUGUGUCCGCGAUGUCUUUGGAAGUUGCAGCUGCAGCAGAACAACGAACCGUCUGAUCGGGAAGUGCCUCCAGUGGGUUGCAAUCGACCAAGUCGAAGUAGUAGGCGUGGAGCGGGAGCAUACUUUCUCCACGGUGUAGGUGAUCCCGGAGAGGAUGGUGCUUUAAACGUGUUCUCGGCCUAUUUAAACGCCACAGCAAGGAGAGAACGCCGAUCGGAGGAUUCUUUGGGUGCUGGAUCCGACGCGGACUCGGGCGUGGGUCCCGACUCAGCCGGUUCUUCGCGCAACACUUCAGUUGAUGGUCAUCCCGGAUAUCACUUGCCUGAUAACUCAAAUGUGUGUUAUGCUUGGAUGAUUGAGGAGUGCAUUUUGUCCGUUUAUAAUCAAAGCAAGAUUAGUUGCCCUGUUCAUCUUGAACAGUCUAUGGCUCAGCUUGCGCCAGACGUAAUCUUUGCCGAUAUUCCUGAUAAGCACACUAUUCCAAGCGAGUGCAUCAUCAAGGGAUCGUUGCUUGGUCGAGGUGCUUUUGGGUUCGUUUUUAAAGCAAAUUGCAAGGUAAGGGGCGCCAGAUCCUUUAAGCCGGUGGCAAUGAAAAUGCUUCAGCCAGUGCCUCCCGGAGCUCGUGCAAAAGAGAGCGCUUUGAUGGCUUUCAAGGUAGCUGUAGGCAAAUGGGACCGGGAUCCACUGCAGCACUCUUGCAAGGCCUACUGCACUGCGCGUCAGGAAUUGGCAGUACUUCUAACUCUCAAGCAUCCAAACAUUGUACCCUUGGUCGGGAUCUGCAUUAAACCAUUAGCUCUGGUUCUGGAACUAGCUCCUCUAGGCGGUUUGGACGCUUUGCUCCGGCAUUACCGACGCAGCGGAGCCCACAUGGGACCGCAUACUUUCCAGACCCUUGUCCUGCAGGCGGCUCGAGCAAUCGAGUAUUUGCAUCGCAGAAGAAUCAUCUACCGCGAUCUAAAGUCUGAAAAUGUCUUGGUUUGGGAGCUUCCACAACCACACACGGAAGACAGUCCCCGCAACCUUGUGCACAUAAAGAUUGCCGACUACGGAAUUAGCCGGCAAACUGCUCCAAGUGGAGCUAAAGGAUUUGGUGGCACCGAGGGUUUUAUGGCUCCGGAGAUCAUACGCUACAAUGGUGAGGAGGAAUAUACUGAAAAGGUGGACUGCUUCUCAUUUGGAAUGUUCAUAUAUGAGAAUAUCAGUUUACGACAACCUUUCGAAGGCCACGAGUCUAUUAAAGAGUGCAUCUUGGAGGGUAGUCGCCCGGCUUUGACUCAAAGGGAAACCCAGUUUCCCACCUGCUGUUUGGAUCUUAUGGUCUUGUGUUGGCACGAACAGCCUCGUCGCAGACCGACGGCAAGUCAGAUUGUUUCCAUACUAAGUGCACCGGAGUGCAUCCACCUCCUGGAUGUCGUUGCCAUGCCGCAUAGCGAGAAGAUUGUCUGUGGGGUUUUUCAGUCGCUUGUUGGUAUGGGCGAUGAUGAACGAUGUGGUCUUGAACUGUGGCUACCCUCCUUCGGCUCUCGCAUUGACAUUCUAGACUGCUCACCCUCGGGCAGCCUACUGCAGUGCAACAGCAUCAGUUGUUCUCCGCAGCCACAGGUUGCUCCGCCCAAGACACCCGAAAACGGUGCAAAUUCACGUGCCCGCUCUGCCCAACGUUUGCCCAAGAUGAACAUGUUGUGCUGCUGCCUGGUGGGUGAAGCCAUCUGGAUGGGCGACGUUUCCGGCAAUCUGCACGCCUAUAGCACAUCCACCUAUGCCCACCUGUUUUCCUACAUGCUCGAUCCCAACAUUAAGUCAGCUGUGAUCAGUCUAGUCUACAUGGAGAAAAUAGCUCGCGUGGCUGUCGGAACGCAUAACGGUCGGGUGUUCCUUGUUGACGCCACGCAGAUGCCCAGCAAUUGCGCAUUUGCCGAGGGCUCUUUUGUGCUUACAGAGAUCUGUUCUGGUUUUGUGUUGCACGCCGCUUGUUCCGUUGUUGUGGAUGGAAUCUAUGAAUUGUGGUGCGGCGAAAUUGCAGGAAAGAUAAAUGUUUUUCCGUUGAACGAGAAUGGAGUUUCCGGACAUCAGGCUUUAUGCCACAGCGAGGAACCCAAUCUCAUCGAGGACGUCAAGGUGGCUCGAAUGUGCAGUAAUGAAAGCCAUGUGUUCAGUUGUCUAUAUCCCGGUUGUAUGGUGUACCAGUGGGAUGUUAUCUCCAAGCGGAUAGAAAAUAAGCUGGACUGCUCAAAGCUGCUGCCCUGCUCCGAGUCUCUGCAAAGUAUUGCGAUUGAUGAGCAUGUGAACCUUAUAAAAUGCCAGAUUUCGGCACUGGCGGCUCACAAUUCAGAACUGUAUAUUGGGACGACCUGGGGCUGCUUAAUUGUGGCCGAACUGCACACCCUGCGCCCCAUUAGUGUUUUCCGACCCUAUGAAAAUGAGAUCAAAUCUAUAAUAACCCUUUCUAAAGACAAUGUUCCGCUGAUCGCCACGAUCGGAAGACGAUAUCGCUCUCUGAUCUCUCGAUAUGUGGACUCCGCAGAGUCAUCCACCAAGAGCUCUGCCGUCAGCACACCCACCCAUGGUGCAGCCAAAUCCGUGCCACCGGCGGAUGUGGAUAAUCACAUUCAUUGCCUGCUGUGGCGCGCCAAGCACUGGACCUAAAUUCGAUCUCAUUCAAAAUAUUUGUUGACGUAUUUAAUAAUCCAAAAAUCCUUACACAAACUUGUUAAGAAGGUGCUAGUUACAUAUGAGGUAUAUUCGCUGAGGAGUAUUUAUUUACUGUCCUAUUUAAUGUAAAAUUUUUGCC